GAGCGUCUCCCAGACUCAGUUGUCAAUGUAUAUCCUUCUGGGAUCAGGGAACCAAUCAGAUGCAUUGAACAAUCCCUAGCAUGGUUUAUAGCUUUGGCAGAAGUAGGACGGACGUCAUUUUUUUUUUUCCUUCAGUAUGAAAUAGAGCAGUUUGGGCUUUAAACAUGAACCAGGAGUUGGAUUUCAUGUUUAUUAAAUAUGCACGGGUCUGGAUCCCGGAUGACGAGGAGGUUUGGAGAUCAGCAGAGCUCACUAAAGACUACAGACAAGGAGACGGAGUACUGCAACUACAGCUGGAGGAUGGAAAGGACCUGGAGUUUAAAUUGGACCCCAAGACGAACAACUUGCCACACCUGCGUAACCCGGAUAUCCUGGUGGGAGAAAAUGACCUGACUGCUCUCAGCUACCUUCACGAACCUGCUGUGUUACACAACCUGAAAGUACGCUUCAUCGACUCCAAGCUCAUCUACACAUACUGCGGUAUUGUUCUAGUCGCUAUAAACCCUUAUGAGACUCUUCCCAUCUAUGGAGCGGACAUCAUUAACGCAUACAGUGGGCAGAACAUGGGCGACAUGGACCCUCACAUCUUCGCAGUGGCUGAAGAAGCGUAUAAGCAGAUGGCCAGGGAUGAGAGGAAUCAGUCUAUUAUUGUAAGUGGAGAAUCUGGAGCGGGAAAAACGGUUUCGGCCAAAUACGCCAUGCGUUACUUUGCCACAGUCAGUGGAUCUGCCAGCGAAGCCAACGUGGAGGAGAAAGUUCUGGCAUCCAAUCCCAUAAUGGAGUCUAUUGGUAACGCCAAGACCACCAGGAAUGACAACAGCAGUCGAUUUGGGAAAUACAUUGAGAUUGGCUUUGAUAAGAAGUAUCACAUCAUUGGUGCGAACAUGAGGACAUAUCUGCUGGAGAAAUCACGUGUGGUGUUUCAGGCGGAUGAAGAGAGGAAUUAUCAUAUCUUCUAUCAGCUCUGUGCAUCGGCUCACCUCCCGGAGUUUAAAGCCCUGAAACUCGGAAAGGCUAAUGAUUUCCACUACACAAAACAGGGCAGGAAUCCAGUCAUAGAUGGAGUAGAUGAUGCCAAGGAGAUGUCUACCACCAGGAACGCCUUCAUACUGCUAGGUAUAAAUGAGUCCUAUCAGAUGGGCUUGUUUCAGAUAUUGGCUUCCAUUUUGCACCUUGGAAAUGUAGACGUGAAGGAUAGAGACUCGGACAGCAGUAUUAUUCCACCAAACAACGGUCACCUGAGUGUGUUUUGUGAGUUGAUGGGAGUAACAUAUCAAGACAUGUCUCAUUGGCUCUGUCAUAAGAAGUUGAAGACUGCGACUGAGACAUACAUAAAGCCCAUACCCAAACUACAGGCUAUAAACGCCCGCGACGCUCUCGCCAAACAUAUCUACGCCAAACUCUUCAACUGGAUUGUAGACCACGUGAACAAAGCUCUGCAUUCAACGGUCAAGCAACACUCUUUCAUCGGAGUCUUGGACAUUUACGGGUUCGAGACUUUUGAAAUCAACAGUUUUGAACAGUUCUGUAUCAACUAUGCCAAUGAGAAACUACAGCAACAGUUCAACAUGCAUGUGUUUAAGUUGGAGCAGGAGGAGUAUAUGAAAGAGCAGAUCCCGUGGACUCUCAUUGAUUUCUAUGAUAAUCAGCCAUGUAUCAACCUCAUAGAGGCCAAGAUGGGCAUCCUGGACCUGCUGGAUGAAGAGUGCAAGAUGCCGAAGGGUUCGGAUGACUCCUGGGCUCAGAAACUCUAUAACACUCAUUUGAAGACGUGUGCACUUUUUGAAAAGCCGCGGAUGUCCAAUAAAGCUUUCAUUAUUCAGCACUUUGCAGAUAAGGUGGAGUAUCAAUGUGAUGGUUUUCUGGAGAAGAAUAAAGACACGGUGAAUGAGGAGCAGAUAAAUGUUUUGAAGGCCAGUAAGUUUGACCUGCUAGUGGAGCUGUUCCAUGAUGAGGAGAAAGCCACAAGUCCCACCGGUGCUGCCCCUGGCCCUGGAGGACGCACUCGCCUCAGUGUCAAACCAGACAAGGGCAAAUCCAGCCAAGCCAGCAAAGAACACAAGAAGACAGUCGGACUGCAGUUCCGGAACUCUCUGCAGCUGCUGAUGGAGACACUGAAUGCCACUACACCUCAUUAUGUUCGAUGCAUUAAACCCAACGAUUACAAACAUGCCUUCACGUUUGACCCCAAGAGGGCAGUGCAGCAACUGCGUGCUUGUGGAGUUUUGGAAACAAUCCGCAUCUCUGCAGCUGGUUUCCCAUCGAGGUGGACGUAUCAAGAGUUCUUUAGCAGGUAUCGUGUACUGAUGAAACAAAAAGAUGUUCUGACGGACAAGAAGAUGACCUGUAAGAAUGUUCUGGAGAAACUGGUGCAGGAUCCAGAUAAGUACCAGUUUGGAAAGACCAAGAUUUUUUUCCGCGCAGGUCAGGUUGCAUACCUGGAGAAACUGCGUGCUGAUAAGCUGCGCGCUGCCUGUAUCCGCAUCCAGAAGACCAUCCGCUGCUGGCUGGCACGCAAGAAGUACCUGCGUAUGAAGCAUGCUGCCACGACUAUCCAGAGAUUCGUCCGUGGAUACCAGGCCCGCUGUCUUGCCAAAUUCCUGCGUCGCACACGUGCUGCGAUCAUUAUUCAGAAGUACCAGCGCAUGUACAUCCAGAAAACGUGUUACAAACGCAAGCAGGCUGCCGCGCUGGCCAUGCAGUGCAUCCUCAGAGCGUAUAUGGCCAGACAGCUUUACAAAGCGCUGCUGCGUGAGCACAAGGCUGUCAUUAUUCAGAAGAUGGUGCGUGGCUGGCUGGCUCGGCAGUGGUUCAAGCGCUCGCUCAAAGCCAUCGUUUACCUGCAGUGCUGCAUUCGGCGAAUGCGAGCCAAACGAGAACUCAAGAAGCUCAAGAUCGAAGCACGCUCGGUCGAACACUUCAAGAAGCUCAACAUCGGCAUGGAGAACAAGAUCAUGCAGCUGCAGCGCAGGAUAGACGAUCAGAACAAGGAGAACCGUUCCAUGAGCGAACGUUUGAACACUCUAGAGACCAGCCAUGCUGUUGAGUCAGAGCGUAUGCGCGCCGAAGUGACGCGUCUGCGGGGAGCAGAGGAGGACGCCAAAAACAACGCCAACAAAGUCACAUCUCUUCUGGAGGAGCUGGAACGACUGCGCAAAGACCUGCAGAACACACAGAAGGAGAAGAAAGCCAUUGAGGACUGGGCUCAGACCUACCAGGACGAGAUGGAAAAGAUGAUCUCAGAGCUAAAAGAGCAAAACCAGCUGCUGAAGACAGAGAAAAACAACCUAAACCAACUGAUCCAGGAACAGAGCCAGCAGUGGACAGACAAAAUGCAGAGAGCUCUGAAAGAGGAAACCCAGCAGUUAGAAAACGAUUUAAACGAGGAGCGAUCUCGCUACCAAAAUCUCCUCACCGAGCACCUCCGACUAGAGGAGAAAUACGACGAUUUGAAAGAAGAGAUCACACUCGCUGUGAAUGUUCCAAAACCUGGUCACCGGCGCACAGACUCCACACACAGCAGCAACGAAUCAGAAUGUACCUACAACUCAGAGUUCGCAGAGUCAGAGGAGGGAUCCCGCGUCGGGGAGGAUGUUUCCAAGUCAAUCCUGGACAUGUCUCUGUUCCUGAAGCUGCAGAAGAGAGUUUCCGAACUCGAGCAAGAAAAGCAGUCGCUGCAGAACGAACUGGAUCGCAGAGAAGAGCAGUUUCAGCGGGCUAGAGCUAGGGAUGAUGAAGAACAUAAGAAAGCUCGUGGUGCAGAGCUGGAGUAUGAAUCUCUCAAGCGUCAGGAGCUGGAGUCUGAGAACAAGAAGCUGAAGCAUGAUCUGAAUCAGAUGCGUCAGUCUCUCAGAGGCAGCGUUGAGGCCGGUUCUGGUGCUCCUGGUUCUCCUGCGUACACCGUUCUUCUGGAUCAGCUCAAUGCCUCCAACGAGGAACUGGAAGUGCGCAAAGAGGAGGUGCUCAUCCUGCGCUCACAGCUCGUCAGUCAGAAAGAAGCCAUGCAGCACAAGGAUGAGAAGACGACUAUGACUGAACCUCUGCCAUACAUUGAGGAUGUGCAGAAGCUCACUGAUGCCAAGGAGAUCUCACAGGCCUACAUGGGCCUCAAAGACACCAACAGAUCCCCAUUCCCUGACUACCAUAAGCUGAAUGAGGAUGGAGAACUGUGGCUGGUUUAUGAAGGGUUAAAGGAAACUAACAGGCUGUUGGAGUCUCAGUUGCAGGCUCAACGUCGCUCUCAUGACAACGAGGUGGAAGUUUUGCGUGGAGAGCUGCACAGUCUUAAGGAGGAGAACAACCGUCAGCAGCAGCUGUUGGCGCAGAACCUGCAACUACCUCCAGAGGCCAGGAUUGAAGCCAGUCUACAGCACGAGAUCACACGCCUCACCAACGAGAACCUGGAUCUUAUGGAGCAGUUGGAGAAACAGGACAAGACCGUUCGUAAGCUGAAGAAACAGCUCAAAGUAUUUGCUAAGAAGAUCAAUGAUCUGGAAGGGGGGCAGAUGGACGUGUCUCCCGGACAAACGGCUGACGAGCCUGUUCAUCCGGUGAACAUUCCACGCAGAGAGAAAGAUUUCCAGGGCAUGCUGGAAUACAAGAAAGAGGAUGAACUCAAACUGGUCAAAAAUAUCAUACUUGAGCUGAAGCCUCGUGGUGUUGCAGUGAAUCUGAUACCAGGUCUGCCCGCAUACAUCCUCUUCAUGUGUCUGCGCCAUGCUGACUACAUCAACGAUGACCAGAAAGUGCGAUCUCUACUCACCUCCGUCAUCAACAGCAUCAAGAAGAUCCUCAAGAAACGAGGUGAUGACUUUGAGACUGUUUCCUUCUGGUUGGCCAACACAUGUCGUUUUCUGCACUGCCUGAAACAGUACAGUGGUGAUGAGCAAUUCAUGAAGCAUAAUAGCCCAAAGCAGAACGAACACUGUCUCUCUAACUUUGACCUGGCAGAGUACCGGCAGGUUCUGAGCGAUCUGGCCAUUCAGAUCUACCAGCAGCUCAUCAAGUGUAUGGAAAACAUCCUGCAGCCCAUGAUCGUCUCUGGCAUGCUGGAACAUGAAACCAUCCAGGGUGUGUCAGGAGUGAAGCCCACAGGUCUCCGCAAGAGGACGUCAAGUAUUGCUGAUGAGGGCACGUACACACUGGACUCCAUCAUCCGUCAGCUCAACACCUUCCACUCCAUCAUGUGUCACCACGGCACUGACCCCGAGCUCAUCAAACAGGUGGUCAAGCAGCAGUUCUACAUCAUCGGCGCUGUCACCCUCAACAACCUGCUGCUGCGCAAAGACAUGUGCUCCUGGAGCAAGGGCAUGCAGAUCAGGUAUAACGUGAGUCAGCUGGAGGAAUGGCUGAGGGAUAAGAACCUCAUGACAUGCGGCGCUAAAGAAACACUGGAGCCGUUGAUUCAGGCUGCGCAACUACUGCAGGUGAAGAAGAAAACUGAUGAGGACGCCGAGGCCAUCUGCUCUAUGUGUAACGCCCUCUCCACAGCACAGAUUGUGAAAGUGCUGAACUUGUACACACCUGUCAAUGCAUUUGAAGAGCGAGUGUCAGUGUUGUUCAUCAGAACAAUACAGACUCGUUUACGGGAUCGAAAGGAGUCGCCUCAGCUUCUGAUGGACACCAAACUCAUCUACCCCGUGACCUUCCCCUUUAACCCCUCCUCCCUUGCCCUGGAAACCAUUCAGAUCCCCAGCAGCCUCAAUCUGGCCUUCCUCACUCGUGUGUAGACCUGUCAAUCACCCCACAUCAACCAGUCACAGGGCAGGAACGGGGAGCCAAAAUAUAUAAAUAGAAAAAAAAAUUAUCAUAGGUAAAUAAGCCACACACUUAAAAAGAAUGCAGUUUAGAUCAUGUCAUCCCCUCUUUUUUGCUCUUCUUCAUCACUUUUUGUGUUUUCAAUAAAAGGGUGAAUCUCACAAACAUGUCACGUAUGUGUUGAUCACGCAAAUAAAAAUGUGAUAAGAAACUAUAUUUACCAUAAAGAAAAUAUAUCAUGUUGUUAUAUUAUUAGAAUAUUAGGAUUUUUUGUUAUUUUAAUGACACUAUAACCAAACUUUCACAUUCAUUCCUAUUACUCUAAGAACUGUAUAUUUAUACAACAGUUCUAUCUGGUUCUUGAACCUAAUUGGCUGAUAGCCGUGCGAUAUUCUGCAAUAACAACCCUUGUACAGCCUCUUCACCUUUGUGUGUUACUCUGCUCACAUAAAGUGACAGCAGAUCAAUAAACUCACCACAGUACAAUUUGAAAAAUAUCUCUGCUGUUGGACAACAUAAAGUACUUUUGAGGCGAGAAUGUAGUUGUUUAGAUUGCAACUAUGCAGUUUAUUUAGAAGGAUAGUGCUAAGUUUUAUAUUUUAAAUGUUUAUAAUUUCGGCAAUACAGCACAUCGGCAUCCAUCAGCCUGUCAUACUGAGCAGAGCAAAGACGGUUGAUGAUCUGCCACAAGAUGGCGACAGAGACCACAUAAUAAGCCCUCAUAGGUGAGAAACUCUGUAAUUUUAACUACAGCUGAUUAAAUCAUUAUAAAACAGGUAAGUGACAUUCUAAGUCUAUCUAUCUCUUUUGUAUUUUGUAGUGCAGUAUUUAUACCAUAGUAAUCUGGUAGUGUUUGCCUUGCUUUGGCUUUUCCUGGGUUAAUUAUUGCGAUCUCCUGAUUGCAACAGAGAGAAUAGCUGGUAAAUCUCUGUAGACUAGCAUUUCAUGUUGUUCAGCCUUAUAAUCUUAAAAUGUGAGCAAAAUCACCUGUUUUGUAAUCACUUUAGACAUUACGCUAGAGAAUCAUUCAAAUAUUAGCUCUAAAGUGACAUUUGGGAAGUAGCAAUGGUUUCUGCUGUUCUGACGUCAGCUGCAGAUGUGAAUGAAUAGCAGAAGAAAGUAAUUCCUCAUAAAAAAGGAUUUUUAGACUUUGUGUUUAAUUUUUUUAUUUACACAAUUAUGCCGUCGAACUGUUGUAUAAAAGCAAUUUCACACUAGUAGCAGUACGAUAUGACUGUAUAUCAUCACUUGUGGGACACUAAGGCACUCGGCCUGCAACCUCGAGCCAACCCACGCCUCCCAUCAGUGCCGAUAUCUAGCCAUAUUGCACUGCUACUUGUGUGACAUUGCUCAUAUAUCAUUCACAUUGCAGUUAAAUUAAAAAUUUGUUACUAAUUAAAUAACUGCAUUUCGCUUAAAAACAGUCAAAAUGUUAUUCAGAAUCUACUUUGAUACUUAAAUGAAAGUGGAAAAAAACGUGUUCCUAAAAACUGGCUUCAAUUUCUUUAUGGUAAAUAUAUUCUUAUUCUUUUUGUUUGAUCGUGGUGGUCUAGAUUUUGUUUAGGUGAGAUUCACCCUGGAAUAUUUCA